AUGACUUCUUUAUAUUUGCCGAAUCCGUGUUUACUCGGAAUAUUGUUCACAAUCAGCACGCAUGAUGGCCACCAAUUGGUGUUCAACUACCCACCAAACCCCAAUGAGUAUGGCUACAAAGCCACGCCUCUAGCACAACAGCUCACGGAUCUCCAUAACGGCGAGGACUACAGCACCUCGAGCUCUAGCGGUGAAGAUGAGUCUGGUGAUGAUGACGGUCAAUUUUCGAGCGAUCUGGGCUCUUCCACUGAUGAAAAUACUGGUAGUGGAAGAAGUAGCUCUGGGGCCUACAACGGAGGAAACAACUAUCUCUCCGGUCGGGCUCUUCUGGACAUGCUCGAUGAGCAGGAUCGCAAACGCAAAAAGAAGGAAUCCAAGAGGCGAAAUUUGAUGAAACAUAUUCUGAAUAAUGAGCGAGAAGCCCAUGGUGAUGCUAGCACUGUGCUCUCUAAUGGAGACGAUGCCUCCAAGGCAAGCUCUAUGAACAAUUCGGGGACUUUGGGCAGUUUGCCGAAUACCAAAUCGCUAGCCUCUAACAACAACGACAAAGACUCGGAUGCUGGUGAUAUUAGCAAGGUUUUUGGGUUUGAUAUUGAUUUUCUGAGCGAGGUGGUCUCUCCUCCAAAGGGUCUGUGCAACACCCGGUUUGAAUUGACCGUGAAUGACAUGGCAUUUUUGGGUCUUCCUAUACACGUGCAUGAUGAUGGAAACUGGAGGACUUCCACUAGAAAACAUGUGCAUCAUUCGAAGAGCAAGACAAAGGGCAGAAGCAGAAAGGAUAGCAGAGCCAUCCAGCACAAGAGGUCCAAGAGGUCCAUUGCCAACGAAAACGAUGGAGCCGAUUCCGGGCCUGAAAAUAACGAAUCUGAUGGUGAAUUGGGCUCGGAUGAUGCAGACGAAGCCAACGACUGUCCAAUGCACAUGUUUCAUUUGGUUUUCGUGAUGAAUCCACCAGUCAUGGAGUAUAACUACAGGACAGACGAGAUGUACCAUUACGUGGUGAGCAGACUCAGUCUUGUGUUGAGAUACGAACAACAGAAGAACAAUUACAUCUGGCACGAAGCCUCCAAGAUACUGAAACUACGCGAAUCUCUAUCCUCUAUGUCUAUCAACGAAAAAUGGAACCAAAUAAUAGAGCAGUCCUCCCUUGCAAACGUUAUUGCAAAGACCUACCGAGCCAUAUCGAACUCGGAAAUUGUUAAUGUGGAAAUAAACGGAAAGAUGAGAUCGUUCCAGAUACCCACAAAGACAGAAUUCAAGUCUUUACCUCUCAGAACAACACCGGUUCUUCCUGGAUCUACACUGUCUUCGAUUUCUCCGACAGGCGAUGCUGAUCUGGACCAGAACUCGGACACCGAGGGUAGCCUUGUAUAUUUCGCUCUCAUUCUUUUAGAUGAUGCAGAGACAAUCAUCAGAGACAUUGGUGCCGAAAAGGAUAGUGUUAUUGCGUCUUUUAUACGGAUGAUCAAACCGACCGAAAACCUCAUCAAACUCUCUUCUCAGAGUGGUCUUGAGCUAUCGCAAGCACAAGUCUUUGCAAACCAUCUAGUUUACUGGAGAAGAGCAAAAGCUAUCUUGCCGCUGCAAGCCAGAAAUGUGUACAUCGUUUCACCAAUGGCACCUUUUGAAAACAUGUUUAGAGACAUGGAGCUGUUCAAACAGCAGUUUCCAUCGCUACCUUUGCUUCCUUCAUUUCUGUCUCUGAUUUCCUCGUCCAACAAACCAAGACAAUUGUCUUUGAUCAUUCCCAGCAGAGACCACAAGGACCUCUACCUUGAUGCAGUUUCGUGGCUAAUUAAGUCCGGCUAUCUUUGCCAUCUGCACACUUUUCUGUGGCUGAAAAUAUCAAAGAAGAUCAAGAUGGAGGUGGACGAGGAGCUGGAAAAAGAAGGCGCCACCAAAAAGUUUUACGACGGCUCUGUCGACACCUCAAGCCAAUACAAUGCCUCUUCUGGAGACGCAUCUGGAAAAAGCGGAAUCCGUAAGGUCACCGACAACACUUCGAAAGACGGGCCCGUGAAUCCUUAUAACAGGCCGCUGUUGACAAGUUCAGGCUCAAAUAUUUCAGAUGAUUUGGCCAAACUGUACAUAGAGGAGGAGGAAGAAGAGACGAUUCUGCUCGAUCCAGAAAGCGCAUCUGCGUUGGAGAGAAGGUGGAUCGCCAAGUGCGUAGAGGGCCAGCCUCCAGACGUCUCCAAACUUUUCUAUAGAAUUCUCAAGUACAUGAAUGGUCGAAACGCUUUGGAGAUGUUUAUGACAAAGGAUAACAUUUCUCGGCAGGAUCUGAGGAAGCUACUUGUUUCGCUGGAAAGCCACAUUGUGACCGUGAGGCAUUGGUAG